AUGACGGUGAAGUAUUCCAUUAUUGUUCCAGCCUACAAGGAGUGUGGGAACCUUGAGCCACUUACAAAGCAGGUGUUUGAUGCCCUGGCUGACGAUGGUUUUUCCAAGAAUGAAGUGGAAAUGGUAAUUGUAGACGAUAACUCCAGAGACGGUUCUGUUGAAGUUGUGGAGAAAGUCCGAAAUGAAGGCUACGGUGUGCGUAUCGAAGUGAGGACGAACGACCGGGGGUUGAGCAGUGCAGUAAUUCAUGGCAUUUCCGCAUCCAAGGGAAGCUUCAUUCUCGUAAUGGAUGCGGACCUUCAGCACCCACCAAAAACAGUACCCCGUUUGCUGAGGGCACUUGAAAAACCUGGUGUUGAGUUCGUUUGUGGAACUCGUUACGGAGCCGGUGUUGAAAUUGACAAGGACUGGCCGUUGCACCGUCGCUUCAUAUCGUGGGGUGCGCGACUCCUGGCGAGGCCACUUACACCACUGAGUGAUCCCAUGUCGGGUUUUUUUGGUCUUCGCGUCGAUGUUUUUCAACGCGGUCGAGAAGUUGUGAACCCUAUUGGGUACAAAAUCGCACUAGAGCUAUUUGUUAAGUGUGCUGUUCGUAAAUAUGAGGAAGUUGGAUUUAACUUUGCUGCGCGCACUGUAGGCGAGAGUAAGUUAACAGGUAAGGUGAUCGUCAAUUAUUUAGAGCACCUGAAGCUCCUCUACUUUUACGUGUAUGGCACCGCGCUCACGGUUCUACUUGUGCUGUUGCCGCUUAUUUUUUACUGUUUUUACAUUCUUCUUUAG